AUGCCUCUCAAGACCGUCAUUUACUGUGGAGUGUGCUCUUUCCCACCGGAAUAUUGUGAAUUUACUGGUAAGAUCAAGCGCUGUAGAGCUUGGCUGCAUGAGACGCACCCUGAAUUAUUCCAAAAAUUGUACGGAGAUCUUGACGUUGAAGAGGCAGCUGCAAAACUAGCUGGGUCGUCAAUUGGCGAGGAAAGAGAGGAGAAGCUGGAAAAAGAUUUACGUAAAUUGCAAGCGAAGCAGGAGAGUAGAGAACAGAGAGAAUUGGCAAAGAAGCUGUCGUCUAAGGUCGUAAUCAAGCGUGAAGCAAGAACCAAGAGGAAGUGUAUGAUUGCAAUUUCCGGUCUUGAGGUUUUUGAAAUAGAUAUGAAAAAACUAGCCAAGACAUUCGCCUCCAAGUUUGCCACUGGUUGCUCUGUAUCCAAAAACGCAGAGAAGAAGGAAGAAAUUGUGGUGCAAGGUGAUGUCGCUGAGGAGGUUGAGGCCUAUAUCCACUCGCUGCUCGAGGAUAAGGGACUAAAGGACGUGAAGGUUGAGGUAGUUGACGCCAAAAAGAAAAAGAAGCCAACUACAACCCCAGCUCCAGCCGCAUAA